AUGAUGAAGACGACAAUAUUAAUGCAGAUAUGUUCGAUAUAUUCACAUGAAGAUUUUGAAAAUGACAUAGUCGUGUCAAUCGAUUUCUCAUCAUCCUCUUUGCAAUAUCCAGUGAUAGAUCAACUCCUUACAACAACAAAUGAAGACCAGUUUGAUUUCACAUCAGAAGUUCAAGUUGUUCAUCAGCUUCCUAAUAUUUCAGAUACUGUGGCUCUACCACACGUUUCCUCUAUAGCUCCUCCUCCUAAUUUAGCAUUAGGGUUUUUCGAAGAAGAUUGGCUUUCUUCGGUCCCAAGUUACAGUCUUGACUUAAACCCUACUUCUUUCUUCCGUACUUCCGGUUUACCAACAUAUAUGUUGAAUAUGAACACCGGUUUAUUAUCUUCUGAAAGUUACUCCGGUUUAUAUCCUGGUCAUGUUCAUAUGGGACCGGAAUUUAGCAAACUAGGUGAUCAAUUGAUGGAUUUUCAAGCUGAUAAUAGUGGAUUAUUCCGGACCGGUCGAGAUAAACGGUUUAGAAGAUUUGCGUUAAAUAAAGUAGUGAAACUCUCUCCUGAACAAAGGAAAGAGAAGAUCCAUAAGUACAUGAAAAAGAGAAACGAAAGGAACUUUAGCAAGAAAAUCAAGUAUGCAUGUAGGAAAACAUUGGCAGAUAAUCGUCCAAGAUUUAGAGGAAGAUUUGCAAAGAAUGAUGAAUUUGGUGAACUACAUAAACAAGGCUCUUCAAGCCAUCAUUAUGAUGAAGACGAGGACGGUGUGGGAGUGAAGGAUGAGGAACAAUUAGUAGAUUCUUCAGACAUUUUUGCACACAUUAGUGGACCCAAUUCCUUCAAGUACAACUACUCAGGUCCAAUCUUGGAUUUGAGUUUCAAGUCCCACACCUUAAAUUAA